CUAGUCUCUGGCUAGCAGAGGGGCGUGACUGCAAAGCCUGCUCUCCAGAUGAGACGUUGGCCUCUCUGCUGUGUCAUAGCUGACAACAGAGGCACGGGGAAGGCAACGCGGAGAAAUCUAUGAGCAGCAAGCAGCCGGGGAUCACUGUGAGUUGGACCAUUACACAAGGCAGGGUGGGGAGCCGAACUACCCACAGGAACAGCUGGACACCUACGGAGUUGACCGAUAAAAAUCGUUCUGGAAAAAAUAUCAGAAAAUCAGUGUGAAUUCAUUUAGAUUCUGUUCAAACUCUCAUCAAGUCUCAUUCAGAUUUUCAACUACCAAGUGGCUGUGGUCAGAGCAGCCGUGAGUUAUUUUCGCCUUCAUGAGGUACGGAGGGCAUCUCGUGAUUUGGGAAUUGCAGCUGGUCCUGCUUUUCCUUGUAAAAGUUAAAGCUGAAGACUCUACAGCUGCUUGUCCUGAAGGGUAUAUCAGUGAUGCAAAGGCAGUCUGCGUAGAUGAGAAUGAGUGCAACACUGACGAAGACGAACCAAGCAUACCAUGUGGUGAUAAUGCAAAGUGCUUCAACACAGAGGGCAGCUACUACUGUCAGUGUGGGUCCGGAUUCAGGUCCACGAAGGGAAGUGUCAACUUCACGGGUGAAAAUCCAGACAAAUGCCAAGAUAUCAAUGAGUGCACAGUGGAGAACAUAGACUGCGGGCCCAAUGCCGCCUGUGUAAACAAUGAAGGAAGUUAUGGUUGUGUCUGUGAGAUUGGGUUUAGAGCAAGCAACGGAAAAGAGACAUUUUUGGAUGGCAAAGGUGUCACAUGUCAAGAUAUCAAUGAGUGCACAGUGGACGACAUAGACUGCGGGCCCAAUGCCGCCUGUGUAAACAAUGCAGGAAGUUAUGCUUGUUUCUGUGAGGUUGGGUUUGUAACAAGCAGUGGAGGGACCUUUUCGGAUGGCCAAAAAUGUCAAGACAAAGAUGAGUGUGCCCUAAACACCACUAUUUGUGGGGGAAAUGCCAGAUGCUACAACAACCAAGGGUCCUACUACUGUAUCUGUAACCCUGGCUUCAGUAGCAACAACAAAACCGGUAUUUGUGAAGAUACAAACGAGUGUGAAAUAACAGACAUUUGUGUGGAAAACGCCAAAUGUAACAACAUUCCAGGAGGCCACUACUGCGUCUGCAACCCUGGCUUCAGACUUGGAUCUGGAAACACCAACUUCACCACCAAAACUGAAUCUUGUGAAGACAUAUGCAAUAUGGACGCCGCCAUCUGUGGAGGAGGAGCAUGCCGCCAGGGCCCUGAUGGUCACGAAUGCGUUUGUCACAAAGGAUAUACCAACUACGGCUUCAAUCAGGAAGCAUGCACAGCAUUAAGCUGUGAUGGGACUCUGGAUGAUGUCAGCGUUGGCCAGACUCUGCCUGAACUGGAGGCUCUUCAUUCCAUGCUGAGCGGCCUGUGCAUGAGACUGACUGAGAACAAUGCGACAGGGACUUCAGCACAGAAAGGAGCCCUGGAUGGAGAGGCGCUGUUAAUGCAACUCCUGUCCCUAAUAGAUAACCUGUUGUCUAAAGGACCCCUCAGAGACCACAAGCAAGUCACCUUUUUGUUGUCUGCCGUUGAGGGAGCACUGAAACAACUUGGACAACUUCUAAAUUACCCGAAAACCAAGAAGUCAACCAAAUAUGUUGAGGUGGAACUGUUGGUGGAGAGGGGGGAUUCUUCCCCAACUGGGAAUGUCAGUCUUCUUUCCGAGAACGCCCAACUGGACACACACUGGGAGACAGCGACAGGGGCUGCAUUCUCUGGAUUUCCCACCGUUGCCUUGCUGACCUAUAAGAACCUGGAGGAAUCAACUAAUGAUUAUUUCGGUGUAACUCCAGAUAAAGCAAACCAAAGGUUCCAGAUCAACUCAAAAGUAGUGACUGCAACAGUUAGCAAUGCGAACACAACACAGCUGGCGAAGAACAUCACCCUCUCUUUCCCCCACCUCAAUUCAAAAGAGGAACAACACAAGUGUGUUUACUGGGACCACGAAGGCGGGGUGUGGUCGGAUCGUGGGUGUACUGUGGUGACGUCCGGUGCUAACCACACGGUGUGCUCAUGCAGCCAUCUUAGCAGCUUCGCCGUGCUCAUGGCUCUCUACGAGGUCGAGGACACCUUUGAGCUGCUCAUGAUCACCUGGGUGGGGAUGUCUCUGUCGCUGGUGUGCCUCCUGACCUGCAUCCUUACCUUCGCCUGCUGCCGCUCCAUCCAGAACACCCGCAACACCAUCCACCUGCACCUCAGCCUCAGCCUCUUCAUCGCCAGCGUCAUCUUCCUGGCCGGCAUCUCCCGCACCGAAAACCAGACGGGCUGUGCAUUGGUGGCGGGGAUGCUGCACUACUUCUACCUGGCGUCCUUCUGCUGGAUGUGCCUGGAGGGUGUGCAGCUGUUCCGGAUGGUGGUGCUGGUCUUCAACACCACCCUGCGGUCCCGCUACAUGAUGGCAGCCGGCUACGGCGUCCCUGCGCUCAUAGUGGCCAUUUCGGCCAUGGUCAACGCCAAAGGAUACGGUUCCAAGCGCCUGUGCUGGUUUGAUGUGAAGGAAAACGGCUUCAUCUGGAGUUUCCUGGGCCCUGUCAUUGUCAUCAUUGCUGCAAAUGUCUUCUUCUUCCUCAUAACAGUCUACAAGCUUGCUGAGAAGUUCUCCAGUCUCAAUCCUGAUCUCAACAACCUGCGUAAAAUCAAGGUAUUCACAACCACUGCAGUAGCUCAGCUUGCCGUGCUGGGCAGCAUGUGGAUCUUUGGCUGCUUCCAGUUUAACAAGUCCACCAUGGCCAUGUCGUACAUUUUCACCUUCCUGAACUCCCUGCAAGGCGUGCUGAUGUUUGUCAUGCACUGCCUGCUCAACAAGCAAGUGAGAGAGGAGUACGGUAAAUUCAUGUCCUGCAUCUGUGCUCCACACAAGACCAAGUACUCGGACUUCUCUGGCUCAAACCAGUCCAAGACUCAGACGUCCAAGAGUGCCCAGAACACUGGAGAGUCCCACAUCUGAGAGCUCUAUGGUCAAUCCACGGGACUCUUCCCACUGAGGCAACUGGGUCACUAGUCUGCGCCUUGGGGGGAUUCAUGCCUUUUUUUAGAAUGCACUUUUCCGGGGAAUUAUGCUAUUGGCGAGGAGUCAUUCAAUAAGAAUGUAUUGCUGUAUUUAUAGUGCUCUUAGUGCCUUGACAAUCUGCUCAGGGGGUUAUUUGUUGUUAUUUGUUGACGGGGGGGGGGGGGGGCCUUAACUUGUGGCCAAAAUGUCUUACAUACAUUUAAAAAAUAUCUAGAAUGUUUGUAUUUCUCUUAUAAGGUAUUUAUGGUUUUGAUGUUGUUGUUGUUGUUUUGUGUAUGUGUUUGUGUUUGAGGUUUUUUUUUGGG